GUUCCGGUCAAUAUAGAAAGGUAUUUCCAGAUCGAAACUGGCUGUAUAUUUGGUUAGUUGUUGUUGUAUUCGCUUGAAGGGUCGACUUCUAGACAUCACCUUUUAGUUACCAUGGAACCAGAAAAUCCACCAAAAUAUUCGGAAAUUAUUCUGAACGUGCCGGACUUGCCGUCCGUGUCACCUACAGUGGUGCAGACUGGUUCCGCAGACAACCAACAAACUGGCGUUAAUAGGAAUCAACAUUUUCCGAAUUCGCCAUCGUUUUCCGCUCGUACUAAAACAAAUGACACUGGAGCUUCUUCCGUUCUUCCGCCAACAGGGCAGUCUGUCUUAUCAGACAGCAAUCAACAAUCCAGUGGGAAUAGAAACCCACAUUUCCCAAAUUCGCCAACCUUUCCAGCUUCCAGCCCUCCGAACAUGGUGACUGUUGUCAAUGUUGACAACAUUUCUACUCAGCCCGUUUAUCUACCCUCUACCCAACAGUACACUUAUAGCCAGCCCGUCGUUGGACAUAUCGGCGGUGUGUGCCCAUCGUGCAGGAUUGGUUAUCUUCAAGAGAAAUUCACUUGGUUCGGCUGGUGUUGUUGCUUUUUCUGCUUCCCUAUAGGUCUUAUUUGUCUGUUUACCGUGAAGGAGAGGGUUUGCUGCAAUUGCGGAAUAAUUGUAAGAGAUUGUUAAGGUGUUCGUAUUGAAUAAAAUUUGGUGUUACUAUCGA